GCCGCGGUCGAGUCCCGCCGCCAAAGGCUGCCGCGGGCGCUGCCGCGGGCGCUGCCGGGAGCGAUGGCUUCUUGACUCGCCGCGCUGCAGCACAAGCUGGCGAAAGCUCCGCCGGCGUCGUUGUGCUCGGCGGGGGAGCAGCUGGGCUCCUUGCCGCGAUGACGGCAGGCCGCCGGGGUCGCCCUGUGACGGUUCUGGAGAAGAACCGCGAGCUGGGAAAGAAGAUCCGGAUCAGUGGCGGCGGCCGCUGCAACUUCACAAAUAUCUCGGACGCCUUGGACCGCGCCUACCACUCCUCCACGCCCUCUUCCUCCAGCCGCGCGCCGCCGAAGGAGGCGGCGACGCCUGGCAACUUUUUCCAGAAGGCAUUCCAGAAGUAUCCGCCGGAGAAGUUCAUCGCCUUGGUGGAGUCCCAUGGCAUCAAGUACCACGAGAAGAAGUUGGGCCAGCUGUUCUGCAACCGGUCGGCGCACUCCAUCGUGGACAUGCUCCAGGAGGAGUGCCUGGCCGCCGGCGUGCGCCUCGUCACCGAGUCCGAGGUGACGUCCGUGCGGCCCUCUUCGGGCGCAGAGCGCUUCUGCGUCCGCUACCGAAGGCCUGGUGCCGAGGCCCCAGUCGAGGAGGAGAUGGGCGCCGAGGCGGUGGUCGUGGCCUCCGGCGGCCUCAGCUUUGCCCGGACGUGUGGCGCCACGGAUCUGGCCCAUGUGCUGGCAAAGGACUUGGGGCUUGAGGUCACCGGUGUGCGUCCCGGACUGGUCCCGCUGGUGGUGGUUGGCAUGGAGUGGACGAGGAGCCUGACGGGCGUGUCCAUGGAGGUUCGCGCGUCCAUCGGAGGUAUGUCCUUUGUCGAACGGAUCCUUUUCACGCACAAGGGCGUGAGCGGCCCUGCGGUCCUCCAGGCGUCCUCCUUCUGGGGCCGCGGGGGCGCCGGCGAAGAGGCGCCGCUGGUGCUGGACCUCCUCCCUGCACUCACGGAGGAGGCGGCCUGCGCCUGGCUCACGCGCCGGGCCGAGGCUGAGCGAGCCGCGUCCCGGAGGAAGCGACGACCGAUGCUUGCUUGGGGAAGGAGCUGGCGAAGCGGCUUCCCCGACGCUUUGCGGAGGGCUUCUGGAGCAACGAGGUUUGCCCGCGGUUGA